AUGGGACCUAAACGGAUAUUGACGAUUGUUUUGCCUUUCAUUUUGUUAUUGUGUUGUCAGCGUGUGAAUUCGAACGGUAAUAAAGCGAACGAAAUGAAGAACAAUCAAACGACCAGCAUCUUCUUGUCUGACAAGACGAAGAUGACAUUCACGGGCUAUACGAUUGCAGGGAUUGAUGGCAGUGCCACUGAGCUGAAAGCAGAUGCCUUGUCUGCAUGGAGGACAAACGUUUACAUUGGUACUGUGUUUGGAACACCUUCAAAGGCCAAAGCAAAUUCUAACGAAACGUUUGACAAGAACAAGCAAGGAAUCACGUUCAAUGUUUCCACCAAGCAACGGACUCGGCAGAAUUCCACCGUUACCUACGCCUACCAGCACCACUCAAACCACCAAAACGUUACGUUUCUGGCCAUCCGUGGUGCCUUUACUGUCUACGCCACUGGCCCGUACUUGUUCAAUUUCAAUGAUGUAUUGCUCACUGCAGGAAACAGACAUUCUGGCACGAUGGUUCGAUUGCUCGUUAACGGGAUAAUACGAGCCGUGCUGGCGUAUGAUCGUCUUAGAAUCUCCAAUCUUCCAAUUGUCCUACUAAAUCUGGAACGUGGCGAUCGAGUUCGUGUAUUCGUGUCUGCUCAAAUCCACGUCAACGGCACAGACGAUGAUUAUACUCAAUUUUUCUGGCAUCAAUUUGUUAUAGGGAUUGUUCCAGCAUAACGCCAAUGUGUCCACAGUAACGCUCCUACAGAUCUCAGUUCAAUACACUGAUGUGCAUGAUGUGCCGAUUAGAAUUGCAUGA